GAUGGAAUAGAUAGAUACCGGUCCUAUGGUUCACGGACUUCAAAGAACUAAACGAUAUACGCAUUUAAAUCUGUCUUCUCUAAAACCUCGAAUGAAAUCGAUGUAUAGCGGUGGUAGUGGGCUUCUGAUCCGUCCAAAGUAACUGGCUUAUAGACGGAAGACAUUGUAAAAAGUUAUAGAAGGAGCAUACAAUCCGGAUGACAAGAACAAUUUGGGCAAAUGUGACACCUACCCUUGCAGAUAACCUCCUACAUACAUUUUGGGAAAUCGUCGAUGUUUUCCCAAAAAGGACCAAGGAAAUUAUCAUUAUCAGAUAACACAGCAGAUCGCUAUCUUUUCAACUGUGAGUUCUCUUCAUCAGUUUCUCAGACUUUUUUCGCUUGCUGUGGGGAUGGGGGCUGUGCCGGGUUCAGGUUGGGAGGAGGGGGAGUUCGAGUUCAAGUUGGUUUUUGAGGAAGACCCGACGCGCCAACUCCGAGGCCCAUCCCCGCUGUGCAACGCGGACCAGGAGCACACCAUCGUGGGGGAGAGGACAGAGAGCGCCCUGUCACUCCUAGAGUCGAGCAAUACUGGUUAGAACCCUUUCUUGAAUAGUGUGUGUGAAUGUUUUUGAAUGUGGGAGAGAUUGACAGAGAGAGAGAUUGAGGAGGAAAGGAAGAUUGAAGGCUGGUCAAUGGUCCCCAAUGUAGACAACUCAUACACAUUGUAGAGACCGUUCUCAGUGUGUGGUGUAUGUAAUGUGAAUGAUUUAGUUGACUUGUUCUGAGUACGUUUAUCAUUUAUUAGUACAAUUAUUAGGCCUAAUGUUCUCUCUCUCUCUCUACCUGGGUAUAGAUUAGUUAUGUGUCUGAACAGGGCUCUCCAACCCUGUUCUUUGAGAGCUACCCUCUUGUAGGUUUUCACUCCAACCCCAGUUGUAACUAACCUGAUUCGGUUUAUCAACCAGCUAAUUAUUAGAAUCAGGCACGCUAGAUUGGGGUUGGAGCGAAAAACUACAGGACAGUAGUUCUCUAGGAAUAGGGUUGGAGAGCUCAGGUCUGGAUGUACUGUACUGUAUGUGCACACUUGCUUGUCUGUGUCUGGGGGAUGUGCGUUCAUGUGCAUGGAGAAUGCAUGUUCUGUAGCCUACUCUGUGUGCUGUGUAUUGCAUGCUUGUGCUUGCCUGUAUGGUGUGUGUGUAAGAGCAGAACUCAAUGUGGUUUUAAUCAGCUGUGCGUGUGAGUGACGUUAACAGCUGCCAUCUGGAUGGAACCUCAAUCUCUUUACUGAGCAUGCACCACAUACUCACCUCCCUCCGUUCUCCCUCUCCUCUCCCUCCGUUCUCCCUCUCCUCUCCCUCUGUUCUCCUUCUCCUCUCCCUCCGUUCUCCCUCUCCUCUCCCUCCGUUCUCCCUCUCCUCUCCCUCCGUUCUCCCUCUCCUCUCCCUCCGUUCUCCUUCUCCUCUCCCUCUCCUUCUCCUCCUCCUCUCCCUCCGUUCUCCUCCUCCUCUCCCUCCGUUCUCCUUCUCCUCUCCCUCCGUUCUCCUUCCUCUCCCUCCUUCUCCUUCCGUUCUCCCUCUCCUCUCCCUCCGUUCUCCCUCCGUUCUCCCUCCGUUCUCCUUCUCCUCUCCCUCCAUUCUCCUUCUCCUCUCCCUCCGUUCUCCUUCUCCUCUCCCUCCGUUCUCCUUCUCCUCUCCCUCCGUUCUCCUUCUCCUCUCCCGUUCUCCUUCUCCUCUCCUCUCCUCUCCCCGUCUCCUCUCCCUCCCUCUCCUCUCCCUCCGUUCUCCUUCUCCUCUCCCUCUCCUCUCCCUCCGUUCUCCCUCUCCUCUCCCUCUCCUCUCCCUCCGUUCUCCUUCUCCUCUCCCUCCGUUCUCCCUCUCCUCUCCCUCCGUUCUCCCUCUCCUCUCCUCUCCCUCCGUUCUCCCUCUUCUCUCCCUCUCCUCUCCCUCUCCUCUCCCUCUGUUCUCCUACUCUCUCCCUCUCUCCUUUCCCCUUUCAGCUUUUGAUACACACCCCUCUCACCCACCCAAGCAUUAAUUUCCUGUCCACACUGGCAUACAACACUUAUACCACACCCCACCCUAGAGAUGUUACCACGGUGUAUACUGUACCUUAUUACUGAUGCACUAGGCUGACCAAUGAUCCAUACUGGACACUGGACAGUGAUGGACACAGUGCUCUACAGUGACCCUAACUGUCCCGUACUGUCUACUGCACCACAGCAGGGAAACAUUUGAUGUAAAAACACCAAUAAGUAACAUUUCCUUACCUAUUUGAUUAUCAUCCUUUAGCCCCCUAUACAUUAUUUCUGAAGCGAUAGAGUUAGGGUAUGCUUUUUAUAGUUGUAGUGGACAUAACUGGUUACUCUGAAACUUUAAUGUAUUUUUUAGAUCUCUUUACAGUGAACUCAGUAGGCUAAAGCUUACCAUGUCAACCUGUAACUGGGAGACUACUAACAACCUCCAACAUUUAUGUUUGGUCACAGACAGCCACCUGGAUACCACUCACGUAGGCCAGCCAAUCGGCAUCCCUACCCCACCGUGUUCUUCAGCCAGUCAAAGGGCUGGGAUGCAUUCCCCGCCCCCCAGACGUGCCAUGGUGAGGGAGUUCAGUGGGACCUAUGAGAGCCUUCCUGCGAGAUCUGUACAGGUGAGUGGAUCAGAGAUGUCCAGUUACUCUCCUGGUCAGUGAGAGUGGGACAGUGACUCAUAAAUGUGUGUCAACAUUUUUCCUAAAAGCCAUACAGUUCCCUACAGUAUGGUUGCCUGAGGACUCAACCUGAAUAUGUUCGCUACAUACUUAAGUCUGAGACUGCCAUCAUUGAAGUCAUUUGUGGUGACGUCAAAAUGAGAGGUGUUGUACAAAACAAAGUCAUCAGCGAUUGGAUCAUCUGUAAUCAAUCAGAGUAUCAAAGCCAAUUACACAUUUUUAAAAAGAAAUUUUUUACCCCCUUUUUCUCCCCAAUUCUAUGAUAUCCAAUUAUGAUUUUGUCUCAUCGCUGCAACUCCCCAACGGGUUCGGGAGAGGUGAAGGUCGAGUCAUUCGUCCUCCGAAACAUGACCUGCCAAACCACGCUUCUUAACACCUGCCCGCUUAACCAGGAAGCCAGCUGCACCAAUGUUCAACUGACGACCAAAGUCAGCCUGCAGGCGCCCAGCCCGCCACAGGGAGGUGCUAGAGCGCGAUGAGCCAAGUAAAGCCCCCCCGGCCAAACCCUCCCCUAACGAUGCUGGGCCAAUUGUGCGCUGCCCUGUAAGACUCCCAGUCACAGCCGGUUGUGACACAGCCUGGGAUCGAACUUCGGUCUGUAGUGACGCCUCAAGCACUGCGAUGCAGUGCCUUAGACCGCUGCGCCACUCUGACACAUUUUCGAAAUGCAGCUUUACCCACGUGUGUUCUGGCUCUGGCCCAACCCAUCAGUUUAUGGGACCAAUCAGAACGGUUAGAAUGUGUUUGCAUUCUAGAAAUCGUCGGGAGGUACUCAGAUCCAGACUCAUUGCGGAGAAGAAACUAGCGUCCGUGGGCGUGGCAUAGCGUUUGGCCGGAGCAAGGAGUUUUGGGUAGCCAGGCAAACACUAUGGUCCCUGCAUUUCUCUAUUGUUAAUGUUCUAACUUAUCUGUCUCUCUCUCUCCCUCCCCCCCCCCCCCCCCCCCCCCCCCACCCCCCAUCUCUCUCCCAGGUGUCAGAGUCCCGUGUGUUGGAGUGCCCUAGCAUCCAGAUCACCACUAUCUCCCCAGAGGAUGACACUGCCCCAGCAGGAAGUAACUUCUGGGACACAGGGGGUGGAUGGGACAGGGAGCGCCUCUACCUUCCCCUACUGGACCCAUUCUGCUACCGCGAAGGCAGCACCGGCGCUGGGUCCCUGAGCCCAAGCCCUGCCUCCAGCCCCUCCUCUCGGGGCUGGCUCAGUCCUGCGUCCAGCUGUGAUUCGCUGCUGGUGGAGGAGGAGGAGCUCAAUGAGGUCACCUCACAUUUCUGCCUAUCACCCUCCUCCCGGCCCACCUCGCCGGGGGGUAAGAAGCGCAGGAACUCCCCUCUGGCCUCCCCCUGCACGUCCCGCAGGAGCAGCUACUCUGAGGACCACUCCUGUACCCUGGAGGGUGACGACUCCACCUCUCAGUCACAGGCUCCCAACAGCAGCUUUGAGCUGAGCAUUCCACAGAAAACUAGGAAGACGUCACUGGAGCAAGUAAGGUGGCUGACUGGUGGUUCUUAGAACUUAGGUUCCAUAGAGGUUCGUCUUGAUGCUCAACCUGAAAUCCCUGGUUUGUGUCCUCCAGGUCUCCCCCAGGGAUGUGGAGCAGGAGCAGGCUCUAGCCCAUAGCUCCCACUGCCCACUGCCAGAGCCGCUACAGCAGAGGAGAGAGGCUGCAUCCAUGGGCAUGGACUACCUGUCUGUGCCCCCUGCUCUGGGCUGGGGGAGGACUAGAGCCAGCACCCACAGCCCUCUGUUCAGGUUACACACUAUGUUUAUACAGUAUCCCUCAAUAGUGUGUUGACUUACCAUUAUUAUUGUUUGGAUGGCCAGGACAGCCCCCUCAGCCCCGUCCACACAUCUGACAGGUCCAUUGUUCUUACAGAUCCAAUGCUCUGCCGCCACUUGAUUGGCCACUGCCAACUCAGUUUGACCAAUAUGAGUUGCGUAUUGAGGUGCAGCCCCGCCCACACCACCGAGCCCACUACGAGACAGAAGGAAGCAGAGGAGCCGUCAAGGCAUCACCAAGGGGACAUCCGGUUGUUAAGGUAUAUUCAAUUGAUUAAAUUAAAGAAAGUUUGAUUUGUUUAUGGCUUCAAUCCCAGACUAACAUAUACAGUAUAUAUCUAAACAAUAUCUCUAUUUUCGGUCUCUCCCAGCUGACUGGGUACACAGAGAGACAGCCACUCUCUUUGCAGGUGUUUGUGGGAACAGCUGAUGACAGGUCCAUCCGGCCUCAUCCUUUCUAUCAGAUACACAGGUAGGUCACCGUGCAACAAUACACCAAUCAAUCUAUGAUAGUAUGUGCUUUGCUCAGUGUUUUGAUGUGGUUUUGUUUUUAUUGUUAAGAUGCUUAUUUUGAUACUCAGGGUGACAGGUAAGAUGGUGGGUACUGCCAGUCAAGAGAGUGUACAGGCUGGCACCAAAAUACUGGACAUCCCCCUCAACCCAGAGGCCAACAUGACUGCCCUGUGAGUAACUAACAGAGAGAUAAAGAUAAUAGAUACAAAAGGCUUUGUAUGGGGUAACCGAGUAGGCAGAGAGAAUAGCUUUCCUGUAUGUGUGUAUGUACUAUGAUGCACUUUUACAUGGUAUUUUGCACUGUGUGAGUGGCUGCGUGUGUGCUGAAUAUACAGUGGGGGAAAAAAGUAUUUAGUCAGCCACCAAUUGUGCAAGUUCUCCCACUUAAAAAGAUGAGAGAGGCCUGUAAUUUUCAUCAUAGGUACACGUCAACUAUGACAGACAAAUUGAGAUUUUUUUUCUCCAGAAAAUCACAUUGUAGGAUUUUUAAUGAAUUUAUUUGCAAUUUAUGGUGGAAAAUAAGUAUUUGGUCACCUACAAACAAGCAAGAUUUCUGGCUCUCACAGACCUGUAACUUCUUCUUUAAGAGGCUCCUCUGUCCUCCACUCGUUACCUGUAUUAAUGGCACCUGUUUGAACUUGUUAUCAGUAUAAAAGACACCUGUCCACAACCUCAAACAGUCACACUCCAAACUCCACUAUGGCCAAGACCAAAGAGCUGUCAAAGGACACCAGAAACAAAAUUGUAGACCUGCACCAGGCUGGGAAGACUGAAUCUGCAAUAGGUAAGCAGCUUGGUUUGAAGAAAUCAACUGUGGGAGCAAUUAUUAGGAAAUGGAAGACAUACAAGACCACUGAUAAUCUCCCUCGAUCUGGGGCUGCACGCAAGAUCUCACCCCGUGGGGUCAAAAUGAUCACAAGAACGGUGAGCAAAAACCCCAGAACCACACGGGGGGACCUAGUGAAUGACCUGCAGAGAGCUGGGACCAAAGUAACAAAGCCUACCAUCAGUAACACACUACGCCGCCAGGGACUCAAAUCCUGCAGUGACAGACGUGUCCCCCUUCUUAAGCCAGUACAUGUCCAGGCCCGUCUGAAGUUUGCUAGAGUGCAUUUGGAUGAUCCAGAAGAGGAUUGGGAGAAUGUCAUAUGGUCAGAUGAAACCAAAAUAGAACUUUUUGGUAAACUCAACUCGUCGUGUUUGGAGGACAAAGAAUGCUGAGUUGCAUCCAAAGAACACCAUACCUACUGUGAAGCAUGGGGGUGGAAACAUCAUGCUUUGGGGCUGUUUUUCUGCAAAGGGACCAGGACGACUGAUCCGUGUAAAGGAAAGAAUGAAUGGGGCCAUGUAUCGUGAGAUUUUGAGUGAAAACCUCCUUCCAUCAGCAAGGGCAUUGAAGAUGAAACGUGGCUGAGUCUUUCAGCAUGACAAUGAUCCCAAACACACCGCCCGGGCAACGAAGGAGUGGCUUCAUAAGAAGCAUUUCAAGGUCCUGGAGUGGCCUAGCCAGUCUCCAGAUCUCAACCCCAUAGAAAAUCUUUGGAGGGAGUUGAAAGUCCGUGUUGCCCAGCGACAGCCCCAAAACAUCACUGCUUUAGAGGAGAUCUGCAUGGAGGAAUGGGCCAAAAUACCAGCAACAGUGUGUGAAAACCUUGUGAAGACUUACAGAAAACGUUUGACCUGUGUCAUUGCCAACAAAGGGUAUAUAACAAAGUAUUGAGAAACUUUUGUUAUUGACCAAAUACUUGUUUUCCACCAUAAUUUGCAAAUAAAUUCAUUAAAAAUCCUACAAUGUGACUUUCUGGGAAAAAAAAUCUCAUUUUGUCUGUCAUAGUUGACGUGUACCUAUGAUGAAAAUUACAGGCCUCUCUCAUCUUUUUAAGUGGGAGAACUUGCACAAUUGGUGGCUGACUAAAUACUUUUUUCCCCCACUGUAACAGCCUAUCUCUGUUUCAGCAUUGACUGCGCUGGCAUUCUGAAGCUGAGGAACUCGGACAUCGAGCUGAGGAAAGGAGAGACGGACGUAGGGAGGAAAAACACUCGUGUGCGCCUAAUGUUCCGUACCCACCUCCCCCUUGGCCCUCCCGUGGCCCCGCCUGGACGGAUGCUGGCCCUGCAGGUCACCUCUGUGCCUAUAGAGUGCUGUGAGUAUCCAGCCAACAAUCACGGUCAUCUCUCUGGUGGCAGGUAGCCUAGUGCUUAAAGCGUUGGGCCAGUAACUGAAGCGUUGCUGGUUUGAAUACCUGAGUCGACUAUGUUCCUUUGAGCAAGGCACUUAAUCCUUUUUUGCUCCAGGGGUGCUGUACUACUAUGGCUGACCCUGUAAAACAACACAUUGUGACAAUACAAAACAUGUUGUUUUUGUUCUCCCUGUCCAGUCUUACUUUGAGCUUGAAUAUCCUAGUGAAUCAUCUGUAUUCUGCCCUCUCUCUCUCUCUCUCUCUCUCUCUCUCUCUCAUUCUUUCCUCAGCCCAGCGCUCUGCUCAAGAGCUGCCAGUGGUGGAGUCGCUCAGUCUCACAUCGUGCUCUGUGGAAGGAGGGGAGGAGCUACUGUUGGGCGGAUCUAACUUCCUGCCCAUAUCCAGAGUGCUUUUUAUGGAAAGAGGGGCAGGUAAGGGGUUAGGGAUAGGGGAAGUUAGAAGUUAGGGGUUAGGGAAAAUUGGAUUUUGAAUGGAAAUGAAUCUUAGAACAUAGAACAUAACGUGUGUGUGUGUUCUUAUUUUCUUCAAUGUGCACCAUCCAUGAAAUUAGGUAUAAUUAAUAUCCUUAUUUACCAGAUGGAAAGCUACAGUGGGAAGAGGAGGCACAUGUUGACCGUGACAAUAGUAGUGAGGUAAAUAGUAUGUUUCUGGGUGUAUUUGUGUUCGAGUGCACAAACAUUUGUGUUCAUGCACAUGUAUUAAAACUGUAAUGUACAUUGUUAAUAUUGUCCUCCCCCAGUGCUUGUUGUGUGUGCAAGUUCCAGCCUAUGGUGACCUGUCUGUGAACCGCCUAGUAUCUGUGUGCCUAUACGUCUCCAACGGGAAGAGGAAAAGGAGCAGCACUCACUGUUUCAAGUACCUGCCCGGUGAGUCUCCCCUCACUUCAUCCAUCAAUCUCUCCGCUUAGACUGUAACUAUCUUUGUUGUUUUUGGUUCAUUUUGAACAAUUUAUCCUGAUGGUAUUUAUCUACGAGGUCAGGGGCAGGACUAAUUGCCUUCCUUUGAAAGCGUAUUACCACUUAUUUUCUCUCUCUAUCUCUCUGUCAUGUUUAAAGAGGAGGACCCUCUGCUGUCGCGUCCCUCUGUCGUGCCCCUGGAGGAGGUGACACUCUGCUCCAUGGGGGGGCCCAGCAGGGUGGACAGGGGUCUGCACCUGAGGAAUGAUCCCACACCCGAGGAGAGAGGGCUGGCUUUGCACCUGCCCCCCUACCCUUCAGCCUACUCUCCCCCCUACCCAGGCCAUGGCUACCAGGAGGAGUACUGCCACAAGCCUGAAGCUGUUGGUGACAGCAGAGGUUCUCUAUCGGAAAGACGCCCCAGCUUUGAGAAGUUGGAGCUGGGCUUCACCGAGCUACUGCCUCCCCUGUACCCCAGAGUCUCCCAGCCUCCCUCUCCAUGGCUGGAAUCCCCAUACCUGUCCUCCUCCCCAUCUCCCUCCCACUCCUCCUCUCUGAGUCCCUUCCCCACAGGCAGCCCCAUCUCCUCCUCCCCUCUUCCCCCCAUGACUACCUCACCCUACCCCCACUACCCCUACCCUCAGGAGAUCUGCCCCUCGCCUCCCUCCAACCCCAGCCCUUAUCAGGACUUCUACCCAUCACCGUACUCCCACUAUGAGGUAUGGGAUCACCAGGGCAGGGGACCUGGGGAAAGGGAAGCUCAGGCUGCGUCUAAAAUGCAGGAGAACCCCCUGGAAUUUGCCAGCUCAUCAUCCGUUCACCACAUUACAUUAGAGGAAGGUGAGAAGUUUGCAUGUACAGUACAAAGUUCUAAUUGGUAUUGAUCUCCAUUGUUACAAGAAUAACAAUAUAUAUAACAUAAAAUUUUUGUUGAUAGACAGUACCAGUCAAAAGUUUGAACACACCUACUCAUUCAAGGGUUUUUCUUUAUUUUUACUAUUUUCUACCCCCAAGCCAUAAGACUCCUGAACAGCUAAUCAUGGCUACCCGGACUAUUUGCACUGCCCCCCCCCCACCCCAUCUUUUUACGCUGCUGCUACUCUGUUAAUUAUUUAUGCAUAAUCACUUUAACUCUACCCACAUGUACAUAUUACUUCAACUACCUCAACUAGCCGGUGCCCCCGCACAUUGACUCUGCACCGGUACCCCCCUGUAUAUAUAAAACCUCCCUACUGUUAUUUUAUUUUACUUCUGCUCUUUUUUUCUCAACACUUUUUUGUUGUUUUAUUUUACUUUUUUAUUAAAAAAUAAAUGCACUGUUGGUUAAGGGCUGUAAGUAAGCAUUUCACUGUAAUGUCUGCACCUGUUGUAUUCGGCGCAUGUGGCCAACAAAAUUUGAUUUGAUUCUACAUUGUAGAAUAAUAGUGAAGACAUCAAAACUAUGAAAUAACAUAUAUGGAAUCAUGUAGUAACCAAAAAAGUGUUUAAACAAAUUAAAAUAUAUUUUAGAUUCUUCAAAGUAGCCACCCUUUGCCUUGAUGACAGCUUUUCACACUAUUGGCAUUCUCUCAACCAGCUUCAUGAGGUACUCAUCUGGAAUGCUUUUCUAACAGUCUUGAAGGAGUUCCCACAUAUGCUGAGCACUUGUUGGCUGCUUUUCCUUCACUCUGCGGUCCAACUCAUCCCAAACCAUCUCAAUUGGGUUGAGGUCGAGUGAUUGUGGAGGCCAGGUCAUUUGAUGCAGCACUCCAUCACUCUCCUUAUUGGUCAAAUAGCCCUUAUACAGCCUGGAGGUGUGUUUUGAGUCAUUGUCCUGUUGAAAAACAAAUGAUAGUCCUACUAAGCGCUAACCAUGUUGGUUAAGUUUGCCUUGAAUUCUAAAUAAAUCACAGACAGUGUCACCAGCAAAGCACCCCCACACCAUCACACCUCCUUCUCCAUGCUUCACAUGCGGAGAUCAUCCGUUCCCCUACUCUGCGUCUCACAAAGACACGGCGGUUGGAACCCAAAAUCUCAAAUUUGGACUCCAGACCAAAGGACAAAUUUCCACCAGUCUAAUGUCCAUUGCACGUGUUUCUUGGCUAAAGCAAGUAUCUUCUUCUUACUGGUGUCCUUUAGACUGUCGUUUUAUCUUUUUUGGUUACUACAUGAUUCGAUAUGUUAUUUCAUAGUUUUGAUGUCUUCGCUAUUAUUCUACAACGUAAAACAUAGUAAAAAUUAAGAAAAACCCUGGAAUGAGUAGGUGUGUCCAAGCUUUUGACUGGUACUGUAGAUUGAUUGAUAUACCGAAUAAAUUAAUAUAUAAAUGUCUGACUGGCUGCUGUGUCUUUUUGCCUACAGUGAAUGAAUUUAUAGGAGAAGACAUCAGAUCGUUCCAGUCGGGCUCACAGAUGGACAGCCAACCAGGAUGACAAGCUCAGUACUGUUCUGUCUUGUUCAGUUGUUAUAGUAUGAAGCACAUUAUUGAUAUCAUAUCACACCUUUUCCUAUACACUUGGUUUAUGAUGUAUUGCUUAAAUAUGACAAUACUGAAUGGGGAUUAAAUGGCAAGGGCAAAGUUGUAAGUAUGAUUACAGAUAACUGUUACAGUUUAUAUAAUGUUUUUAACCAGUUUUCAAUAUAAAUUAUACAAGUAAAUGUGUGUUAUUGGUCUGUUUGUGUAUAUAGUUUUGUGUGUGCUUG